AAUAUGGUGAAGUUGUCCAUGUGCCUGCUUCUAUAUUCUAAACACCACCUGAGCUCUCAUGUUUCGCCUCCACCAGACCACCUAACUUUUAUAAUCCAAACGAUAAUUAUUGCCCAAUUAGCAAUCACAUAACACACAGAUUAACACUUUAACUUAAAAAUUAACAUCAAUAAACCAUCUCUUCCUUCCCUUUAUAUAUAUCACAUACCCUCAUGCAUUUGCUCAAAACCACUCUUUCACUACCACAAAAAUGGGAUCCCUAGAAAUUGUUCAGGCAACCCCUAGAUCCGUCGACAUGUCUUCGAGUCCGCGGAUUUCGUUCUCCGCCGAGUUCCUCGACGAGAACAACUUCAUCUCCAUCACCCCGAAUUUGCGCGGCGAAGUACAAGAUAAAAAAAUGGAGGGUGGUGAUCACCAAAAGGUACGUAACCCGGAUUUUGAGUUUCUCUCGAGCAAUGUGAGUAGCCAUGCCAUGUUGUCUGCAGAUGAGCUAUUUUUCGAAGGGAAGCUCCUUCCCUUUUGGCAAAAGCAGCACGCCGAACGGCUCACGAAGCUCAACCUCAACACCAAGGACGUCGAGGGAGACGAGAAUGAGGAGGGGGUGAACAAGGAGGAGAGCCGGGGGAGUUGGUUUGUGGACGACGAUCCAUCUCCAAGGCCGCCUAAGUGCACGGUUUUGUGGAAGGAGCUACUGAGACUGAAGAAGCAACGCGCUUCGACAUUGUCCCCAUCUUCCUCGUCCUCGUCUUCCUCUUCUUCCUCGAACUCGUUGGCGGAUAUAGCUACGACGACGGAUCAAGAGAAGGAAGGGAACAAAGAGAAGUAUAUGAAGAGGAUAAAGAAAGGGUUGGAACGAACAAGAUCCGCAAGCAUAAGAAUAAGGCCGAUGGUAAAUGUGCCAAUUUGCACGCAUGUGAAGAGCAGUGCCUUGCCACCUUUGUUUCCUCUCAGGAAAGGAAGAGUACUAGAGAGGUAGAGAAGUUGGUCCGAUCUGCAAGAUUAAUUGUCUCAUACAAACUCUACUAUUCUCCGCCGUAAGAUGAAAACUCUAUUGUGCUCCGGCGUAAGAGUGCGGCCAAAGAUCCAACAUCCAAGGAUCCCCGUGCAUAUUGGAAAAUCCAGAUUUUCAUUGUUUUCUCAAAUUUCUCCUUAUUUUUUUCUUUCUUUCAUUUGAAAUUUCUUUCCCAUGUUUAGGAGGUGUAUUCAAUUGAGAAUUCAAGAGACUUUAAUGGAUUUAUAAAUCCAUGGAUUUUUAUGGA